GCAGAUAUUAUUCUCUGUGUUGUGUUGAUUUGAUAUUGAUUUCAUAAAUGAAUAUAAAUGCUGAAUCGAGUCGAACAUACCCGUUUUUAAACUAAAUACUAACUAACAGCAAAAUUGUACGCUUAUCUCAGUUUAUAUUGUAUAGUCUAUGUUAUUGACUGCAGUGAUAUAGCUAUACAUUCCUGAACAACACCACUUUCAAAGUCUGUCUUUGUUCGACGCUGUGGUUUUGGCAUACAAGAAACUCCAAGAAGAAAAAGCAGGGGAACCCUUUUACGAUGAUAGCUAACAACAGAGCAGACAGGUCCAGGUCGCCUCAUAGGAGCGACAAUCUAGGUCGCAGACGCGAUCACAAAACCCAAGAUUCUGCUAAAGCAAUUGAUAACAUGCCCAAUGUUAUGAAUCCUAUGAUGAUGACCAAUAUGUUUCCACAAGCUAACAUGAUGAUGGCUAGUGGAAUGUACCCUAACAUGAUGUUGCCUGGGCCGAUUAUGAGUGGAGGCAUGAUGCCUGGCCCAGGAAUGGAAAUUAUGCAAGGUCCUGGAAUGGAUAUGGGGCCACCACCACCCAUGGAUAUGUCAGGAUUGGGAGGACCCCCUAUGGCACCAGCACCUGCUCCACCUAUGGAAAUGGGCAUGAUGGGUGGAAUGAUGAUGGACCCAAGCAUGAUGGGAAUGUUUUCUAAUAUGAGUGGAGAUAUCCCUACCAUGCAGGAAAAGAAAGAAUUAAUUUUUAAGCAUGCUAGGCUCACUCCUCCAGACUCAGGCACACCUCAACCUCCCCGUCGAGGUAAACCUCCUGGCUGCCGAACAAUAUUUGUAGGUGGCCUACCUGAUAAAAUUAGAGAAAACAUUGUGAGAGAAAUUUUUGAGACUUAUGGAAGGAUCCAUACAUUAAGAUUGUCAAAGAAAAAUUUUUGUCAUAUUCGUUUUGAUAGAGAGGAAUGUGUAGAUCAGGCUAUGAUGAUAUCUGGAUACCAUAUUAGGUUGAUAAAUAUUAAAGACAAUGAUGAUAUGAAUGAGGAUGAUGAUGAUGACGAAAGUUCAAAUGCUACAUCUGGUUGGUUACAUGUAGAUUAUGCAUUGAGUCGUGAUGACCAGAAUGAUUUUGAGCGGCGACAGCGACAAGCUUUGCGAGCGCAGCAAGUACAGAUGCAGCAAAUGAAUAGUCAGCAAGAAAUUGUAAAUCGCAACAUAAACCCAUUUUUGGAUCUAAGGAGAAGAUCACCAUCACCACCAAGUAGAGUACAACCUUAUACUAAUGCUUCUAUGGUGCAACUUGCAGAAAAACUUAAAAAUGAGGAACAAUUUGCAAUGACUUUACCAACAUUACUUGCGUGGUUAGAGCGAGGUGAAUGUUCCAAGAAGAAUGCUAAUCAGUUUUACACAAUGAUUCAAGCAACUAACUCACACAUACGCAGAUUAUUUAAUGAAAAAAUGCAGGCUGAAGAAGAAUUACAAAAUUGCAAGGAACGUGUCAAGAAUCAUAUAGCAAGUGUGAUUGAACAACUCGAACAGGUGGCGAAAGUGUUUGCCGCAGCGUCUCAUCAACGCGUAUGGGAUCACUUCACAAAACCGCAGAGAAAGAACAUUGAGACGUGGCAGAAAAUGACGCAGGAGUUUAGUUCACUGAAAGAAGAAUAUCUCGAAAAGUUUGGCGAUGAUCGCGAUGGCGAUUACAAUGGCUUAAGUCGGGCCUCGGAAAGUGAAGAGUUACAACAAUUAAAACGUGAAAAUGAAAGUCUACAAUUCCAACUGGAGGCAUAUAAAAAUGAAAUUGAAGUCGUAAAAUCGGAUACUAUGAAGGAGAUGGAGAAAUUCAAGGCGCAGUUUAUUGCACGACAAGCCUUGCAAGUUGCACUGGACAAAAAUCCACCCCUGCCGUCGCCGAUGGUAAAACCUCCUCCACCGCCGCCUCCGCCGCUGCCUGAGGAUGCGGAGUCUUCAGGGCACUCCAAGGAGACUGUCGAAGCAGGAUGUGGCGAAGCCAAGCUAAUUGGCGUAAUGUCGGCUUUCUUACAAGUACAUCCACAAGGCGCCAGCUUGGAUUACGUAGUGUCGUAUGUUCGCGCCCUCUUCUCGCAGGUAUCUCAAGCUACAAUACAUCAUGUGCUGCAAAAACAUACUGAUGUGUUCGAACGCACUACAAGCGGAGUUGGCGCUAACAUCGAAAAUAAAUGGAACUUUAUAGCAUUUAACAAAAAUAAAAAUAUUAAUAACGAUAAGAAAACUUAAAGAAAAGAUGCUUACCAUCAAAACCUUUUUUGCAUAUCAACAGUUUAUGUAGUGGUUAUAAUUAAUCAACAUGGGUGUUAAUCGUAACAAUCAAGAACAAAUUACUUAAACUGUACUGUGUACAAGUGAAAUUAGUAAUUCUAUCCACAAAAUUAUUUUUUGACAUAAUGCAAGCUCAGACGUUACCUUAAAACCGAUUUCUGAGUGACUCGUCGAAUAAAUGUGUUUCUAUAAUUAUCAAAAGAAGGCUGGUUCGUAUCCUCAAAUGUAUGAUCAUAAUUUAAAAAAGCAUAAAAUAAGAAAACGUCGAUUCUUUUAUAUCGACUUGGCGUUUAACUAUUUAUAUUACAUAUAGUAAUUAUUUUAUUACAUCUGUAUUUACAGUACACAAAAGUAUUUUUGAAAAACUUUACCCCAAUUGUAAGGUGUUGUUUCUCAAAACUUUUAUGACCUACCAUCUACUCAGAUGAUAAAAAUUAUAGAUUUUACGUUUAUUUUUCAUAUGUUCUAUGGAUACAAGGGAUUUUCAAAGACCCGAAUAAAAGGCAUUGAAUGUGAUAAAUUAUUAUUAUUUUUAUUGAAACUUUACUGUAAGUGUGUAGUUGUAGAAAGAAUCUUUGUUCCAAAAAUUGCAAGUAUUCAAGUCGUAUGAAGCUAAUUUUGUGACUGACCAGUAUGUAUGUAUGUAGAAGUUAAAUGUCUUAAAUAAGUGACUUAAUAAACUAAGUUUCAGUAUGUCGUGUUUUAUUUCUCGCGAUCCCAGUGGUCGU